GCGAGUCUAGCAGUGCACCCUCUGCCCGCCAACUGGAGGAACGAGUUGAUCACGUAGUCGCAAUGCUCGGUGACAUCAGUACCUUCGCUGCACCAGCCACCAUCAGCAAUCAGUUGGACACCUCGAAGACCGAGGUUCAGCAACUGCACCAGCUGCCUAAUAAGGAUGGCAACGUCGUGCAACACUACAAGAUGCCGACAUUCCAAAUCGAGAAGUUCGAUGAUUAUACGCAUCAAGACCCGGUCCUCUGGUGGGAGGGCUUUACAACGCAACUUCGGAUUCUGUUCGUCGCCAAGCACGCGUACAUCGACACGUUGUUCCUCAACUCAAAAGGCGGAUGCCAGAUCUGGUUAAGCCACCUGGCAACCGUCCACGGCGUCGACGUCGCAGAUCUGAAAGAUAAGAUCUCUUGGGAAGAGUUAACACGGCUAUGGAAGAAGCGGUUCAUCGUGGACGACGCCCCGAUGGUCGCCAUCAACCGCCUCUUCACUAUGACGCAAGGCAACACAUCGACACGUGACUGGCUCACGGAAUGGCAAAAGAUCGCGGUAACGCCCAAUCUUGACUUGCUAUUUUCGCAUCUGCGCCGCGAGUUCUACAAUCGGUCAUGUGCCGCCUCGAGCCUUGCACUUGGUGAUCGCAAGCAAUACGCGACCUUCGCCGAAAUCAUCGACAAGGCAAGGGAGAUCAUCAAGACCAGUAGGGCAUCUGCACAUGAGAAAUCAGCAUGGCAGCCAACCUAUGUGGAGAAGGUGAAAACUGGUCCGCGGCCGCAGCAUGUUGCUGCAGUCCAAUCGGACAACAUUGUGGAAGACCCGGCAGCCACCCAAUCGUCACGUGAGGGAGAUCAGGUGGCUGUUGUUCAACCGCGAAGCAACAACAAGUCUCGAGGAAAUGGGAAGGCGAAAACCGCAUCGCCGGCCGAAAACGAACAGCCAGCACCAUGGGUCAAGUUUCACUUGACCGAGGCGGAAUACAAGUGGUGCGGCCGCUACGGCUGCUGCUAUUGGUGCAACAGCACCAAGCACAAGACCUCCCAAUGCCCGGAUCAAGGCAAGGAGGAUGUUCGGCCUCUACCAACUCCGUUGAUGGACGGCAGAGUAGAGGUUGUCGACCUUCACGCCUACAUUGCGAAGAUCGACCGCGAGUUCAAGACACAACGGUACGACGACAUCGAUGCACCAUUGUUAUAUGUACGCAUUCAGAUCGGAAAGGCGACCUGCAGCGCUUUGAUCGAUUGCGGAGCAUCUCGCAACUACAUGAGCCAGAACUUUAUGGUACGCGCCGGCCUUGGCCCACGCGUCCGGAGGAAGUCCCAGUCUACGCAAGUCACGUUGGCUGACAGUCACACGCACAAGUCAAUCAACCGGUGCAUAGAUGACGUCACCGUGUACUUUGCCCCGCAUGCAAGCGAGGCGGUGUCCUUCGAUAUCUUGGACACCAAAUUCGACAUGAUCUUGGGCAUGUCAUGGCCGAGAAGCGAGGAUCACCCGGUGAACUUCUACCGCCGCUCCAUUCACGUUCGUGAUCGAGUACUAGUCCCAUGCACGGUGGCUCCUCCUCACCCUUCGAUCAGCUGCCACGUGGUGUCCGCCGCAAGCAUGCGAGCUUCCAUCAUCAGAGACGACAUCGAGGAGAUGGGGGUGUGUUUUCUCCACGCCCUCCCGCCCCAUGACGCUUCAUCGACGGACUCAUCUUCGGACCCACGCAUCACCGAACUUCUCGACGCCUACGGCGACGUGUUCGAAGGCCCGCACGGAGUAGUACCGGAUCGGCCCAUCCGCCACGAGAUCAUCCUCGAGGACGGGGCUGUACCUCCACGUGGUUGCAUCUACCGAAUGAGCGAGGAAGAGUUAAGUGUGCUACGGGCACAACUCGACGACCUUCUGAAGAAAGGCUGGAUUCGGCCUAGCUCAUCGCCAUACGGUGUUCCCGUUCUCUUCGUCCGGAAGAAGAACAAGGAUUUGCGGUUGUGCAUCGAUUAUCGCAAGCUCAACGCGCAAACGAUCAGAAACGUCGGCCCUCUUCCACGCAUCGACGACCUUCUAGAACGGCUGGGCGGCGCCAAGUUCUUCUCCAAGCUUGACCUCAAGUCGGGAUAUCACCAACUCGAGAUUCAGCAGGAGGACCUCUACAAGACCGCGUUUAAGACGCGAUAUGGGCAUUUCGAAUGGCUGGUUAUGCUAUUUGGCCUUACGAAUGCCCCGACCACUUUCCAAGCGGCUAUGACAACGAAGUUCCGACACAUGCUGGAUCGAUUCGUACUUAUCUACCUCGACGACAUCCUGGUGUACAGCCGGAGUUUGGACGAGCAUGUGGAACACCUGCGCACCGUUUUGGAGUGGCUACGACAAGCCAAGUACAAAGCCAACCGCGACAAAUGCGAAUUCGCGCGGCAGGAGCUGGAGUACUUGGGACAUUAUGAGUCCAGCACGAAGAUGAAACCAAGUUCGGCUCGGCAUCCACAGACGGACGGGCAAACGGAGCGGGCACAUCAAACCGCUCAAAUGAUGCUUCGUACGCUCAUCCGUCCGGACCAGAAAGAUUGGGUUGAUUGCCUCCCCGACAUCGAGUUCGCCUACAACACUUCGGUGCACAAGACGAUCGGCGUGUCUCCAUUUGAGUUGCACCACGGUGGACGGAAAGGCCGUAUCUUCGUCGACCUUCUCCUCCCACGACCAGCCGACAUCAACGCCGCUUGCUCUCCCGCUUCCGUCCGGAAGUACAGGGAAUUGCUGGAUCAAGCCCGUGCGAACAUGCAAAAGGCUCAAGUCCACAUGCAGCAGCAAGCCAACAGGCGUCGCGUGCCAUGUCCCAUCCGCGCCGGUGAUCUGGUUUGGGUCUCCGCGGAAGAGUUUGCACUAGAACAUGAUGUUUCACGCAAACUGCUUCCCAAGUGGUUUGGACCAUGGCCCGUAACAUCAGCCGCGGGCGAUGAGCCCGAUGGCCCUUCAUUUGUGAUCAACAUCCCCCCGCAUCUGAUGGUCCAUCCAGUCUUUCACGCCUCGAAGCUGGCAACAUAUACACCAGCUAAGAGCGACGACUCUCCGGGCCGACGAUCGCAGGACCCUCCAUCUAUGGAUGGACAUGAGGAAGUUGACCGCGUCAUCACGGAUCGCAAGGAAGGGCUUUUGCGACGAAAUAACAUUGUUUACAGUGCCUGCAUUGCAGCCGGCAUUCCGUUGGUGAUUACCAUGGGCGGUGGCUAUUCCAAUCCUAUUGAUUAUUCUGUGACAUCACAUGCAGAUGUGUAUAGAUCGGCAGCGUAUCGUUUUUUUCCUGCGGUUCAGGUUGCUUCACGCUCGUGAAUUAAGAUGACAAUAACAACGGCUAUUGACGAGAAUGGAUGGCAAGAAAGUUUAUAGACUGUUGUGAUGGCCAUAAUGCUGUUUCGACGAUGGCGCUGAGGAUAGCAACGGCAUCCUAAUGAAAUGGUGGUGACAUUGAUUGUUCAUGAUAGUAUGGAAAUGGUGGUUUGAGGCCUGCAAACAUUAUUCUUGGGCGCACCAUCAGAGUACGUAGAAUGGCGACAUGGGCUGAGAUCUUUACAAUAUGGAUACUGCUACUGCCAGCAUUGAAAUUAAGACCACAUUCCUGACGACCUCUUCGCCGACUCUCGACUUUUGUGUCAUCCUUGGGCAGGAGCCAUGAUAAUUUUUGACUGUAUUGUUCCAACGGUAAUGACCUUGUUACCCGUCCUCGGCGUCCUGUGACACGCUUGGUUACAGAUUUCACUUUCAUUUUGAGCUUAGUAGCAGCUUUCCUCAGAUUUCUUUUUUGGUUUAUCUUCAACAAAGCAAUAUGCUGGUU